AUGGCUUUCUCUAACACAAUCAAGGGCUGGAGAUACUUGAGGCCUAUAAUUGUUGUUGAUGGAACUUUCUUGAAAAAUGCACAUGGCGGUACCCUAUUUUCAGCAUCAACGUUAGAUUCAAAUAACAACAUUUUUGUCUUGGCUUUUGGAAUAGCAGACUCUGAAAAUGAUAACUCUUGGAUUUGGUUCUUCUCCAAACUGAGAGACACGUAUGGAGAACCCGAAGGAUUGACUAUUGUUUCCAAAAGACACAAGAGCAUGGACAAUGCAGUACAUAUGGUGUACCCAAAUGCUUUCCAUGGAGCUUGCAUGUUUCACUUGCUUAAUAAUUUGAAAAGCAAGUAUGGAAGCCAUGGAGAAGAGCUACACAUGAAUUUCAUUGCAGCAAAAGCAUACACAAAAACAAAAUGUGAACACUACAUGAGAGGCCUUGAUAGACUUGACAGAUGCAUUAGACCCUAUUUAGAGAAAGGCAAGUAUGAAACUUGGGCAAGAUCAUACUCACCAACAAAAAUAUAUACCAUGAUGACACCCAACAUUGCAGAAUCGCUCAACGCUACACUAAAAGCUGCAAGAAAUCUCCCUAUUGAUAUCUUGGUUGAAUGCCUUAAAAGUUUGGUUCAAAAGUGGGUUUGGAACAACUCAAAUAAUGCAAACGGAACAUUCACAAAAGUCUCUACAACAACAGAAAAUGAGUUGAGACAUGACAUUAUUUCGAAAAUGAAGUAUGAGGUUCAAGAAGAUGAAAUGCCAUGUGGGCAUGCAAUAGAUGUAAUUGCAAAGAGAAACUUGGGAGUGUAUGAUUAUUGUGCAAAGUUGUACAAAACAGAAACGUUGAAAGCAUUGUAUCAAGAAAAUGUUCAUCAUUUGCCCCAUAAAGAUGAAUGGAAUCUCCCAUAA